UGCAUGUCCUGCUGCAAAAUGAAAUCCCUUCCACCAACUCCACUGCCGACUUUGGGCUGCUCUCUCGUCUCUUUACCUCUAGAGCUUCAGAUACCUAUCUUUGCAUUUCUAGAGCUUGAAGCCCUUGCGAAUCUUUCAGCGACCUGUAAAACUCUCCACACACUCAUUUCUGAAUGUGAGCAUAUAUGGCGCAGUGUUUGCAGGGCCCGUUGGCGGGAUUUGGAUCACUUCCUGCCAGAGGAUGGACAAGGGUGGAGGAAGUUGUACGUACGAAGGAUGCAUCGAGAUAGAGAGAUUACCACUGGACGGAUAAGAAUCGGAGAAUUGCGAAGAAGAGUACGAGCGGGAGAAGCACAGCUUUACCAUAACAAGAUGGUAGUCAGCGGAAGCAUCCGUGGUACAGUCUUGAAAGCCCAUCUCCGUGGCGGAUCGGAUGGACCAUGUACAACUGCGACAGUUGCAGAGCCAGCUGCUGGAAUAUCUGUUUUGUAUCGGGGAGCGAUCAAUUGCCUCCAGGUCCAUCGCGGUAUCAUUGCUACCGGAUGGGAGAACUACACAACGUUGACCUCUCGUCAGUCAGACGGCACCAUUAAAAUUUACGAUCUUGAAUCCCUUCGUCCACUGACAGUACUGUCUUGUACGGGGAUGUCGGCCGUAACAGCUCUCCGCUUCAACUCUCGCCGCCUCGUUGCAGGCGAUAAAUCAGGCGUGCUACGCAGCUGGACAUUGGCGCCAAGAGGAGAAGGUGGAUCUUUGGAGAAAGUCAUGUGGCCGCAAUUUCGACGACCAAGUGGGAGCAUGGCAAGAAAUGGAUCAGAUGCAGAUACCAUGAUACUUGAUGUACAGUUUACAUCAACCCACGCUAUAUCGCGGACCAAGGACGCACUUCAUGUGUACAAUAUCCAAACAGGGACACCCAUUCAGAUUCUUCCCACCAGUCGAUCCACCCGGCCAACAGCAACACAUAUAACACCCACGCACCUUGCAAUGGGUGGAUCUGACUUUGGGCUCCGCGUAUACUCCCUACGCACAGGGCUGCGACGUACAGCAGUUUUACCACAUGACUCACAAAUAACUUGCGUUCAAUUCGCUCCAGAGAAUGGAAUUAUGGUCAGCGGUGAUGAUAGGGGCAUGGUCCGGGCUUGGGAAAUUGGAAGUUGGACAUGUAUUGGACGAUAUGCUGUUGGAGGAUCUGUUGGUGCUGUCGAGAUUAGAGGUUUGGGGAAUGGUGGUGGAAAACCUGGCGAGUAUGUCAUCAUUGUUGUAGGAGUCGAUGGGAAGGUGCAAGUAUGCGGGAAUGAAGGUUUUGUGCGACUGGCAGAAGCGGAGGUGGAGUCCAUGGAAUAUGCUUUGAAUAAGCUGAACAGCGCAAUUCCGUGUAUGUCUGUGGCAGGAUGAAUAGUGCUCGUCCUGUGUUAUCAUUUUGUCAUCUUCCACAAAUUUGUAUAUACAAUUUAUCAUCCAGCUAGAUUCUGAAUAAGAGUUUUGGUACUUUGAACACUGGAUCCGGAUA